GUUCAUACGUCGACGCUUCACUACAUCGCCUAGAGAUCCGAAUCGCUGCUGCGAGUGCCACAUGCGGUGUCAGCAGCGAAGCGGGUGUACCGGCGGCUCCUACGACCCCGUGGCUGACGUCUGCCGCCUCACUGACGGCGACGCGACAACCGUGACCACCCGACCUCUGGCCAGCAGCUCAGCCUUCUUCAAGUUCCCGUUUUCUUCGGCUUCGAUGCAUUUAUUCAUGUCAAAAACCUACACCAAAAACGGCACUCUGAGGAAGCUGCAUGGAGGCGAUUGGCGCCGAGGAGGGCGGGUGGCCACUGAUCAUCAAAACCUCGGCUGUCCGCAAGCAAGCUGUGGACCUGGUGAAAGCCAAAGGAGCCUUCCUUUUGAUCGGGAAAUACGCUUGGCUCUCCGCCUUCAAAGUAAACGUCGCAGGACAGCCUGUGUACGUUUGGCCGGACGGCACCAGGGUCACCGACAAAGCCUUCAGCGCCAAAGACUUGGUAGUGCCCUUGAUUCAAAAGGGCCCCAAGAGUCUUCUCAACGCCGACAAAUACAUCGAACAAGUGGCUGAAAAUAUGCUCACCGACUACCCAGUCUUGUGUUUCAAAAACGCUUAGACGGAAGUCAACAUUCGAUCAUCUAGAGGAUGACAGUAGGAUCGAGUUGCAUUGAGUAUCAUCAGUAAAAUGUUUCACCUAAUGUAAAGAUUCUGUCCUGAACUCGAAUAGCGUCUCUGUAGUCCACGUUUGCAUGCGACAAAUUAAUAAAAAAAUUUCGAGUGGUUGAUUCUUUUACUCGAAAUUUCACUUACAGGUUAGGAGGGUGCGGCGGAAUAGCGAAGCUAAAAGUCGAAGUAAAAGUUCAAGCUAAUUGUGACGAUCCAGCCCGUUAUUUCCAGCACGGUUAUCAACCUUACAACAGCUUU